GGUUUGCUGACUUAUAAAGUUGAUGUAUACAGCAUACCACAUAAAGCUGAUGACAAGUUGACUUUCUUAUCCUCAAUUGUUUGGCUAAAGGAACAACGGACGGUUACCCUUCAACAGAAUCUGGGCGGCUACGAGAAAAGAAAAGCAUCCUAUGCCCCACAAUCCUAA